UGUCAACGUUGUGCAAUUGACGUGGGCCGCACUCUCUAUUACAAGCAGGGUCGAGUUGCUGAGAUCGCAGGACUCAACGUGCCUCGCAUUCAUAGAGCGGCUUCGGCCACCGACGAUUGACAUGUACAGGGCGCGCGCAUUCGUCACUAGGACGCGCCAACCCCACUUUCCAACCAUGAAUCGCGCCUGUGCACAGGGCGCACGCCCUACACCCAAACGUCCCUCUUCCGCUCUUCACGCAAGCCAACCUGCACAUCAUGCAAGACAGAUCACCAACAAGAGCUUCAGAAUCGUACGGCGCGAUCCUGCGGCGUCGUUGGCAUGUGUCGAUGUGACCUGGCUCUCGUACAAUCAGCCUUUUAUACCCGUGCCUCAGGAGUACAACGCUCGCACCGCGCAUCUGUUGCUACCCGUCGGGAAGUUCACAUGCACUAGCGUCUUCUGGGAGAAAGUGGCUUCAGCGCAAGUCUCUCAUUGGACCCGUCUGGCGCAAUGCUGGCGUCAAACUGUCUCCACAUUGCGCCUCUCAGGCGUAUGGUCAUGUUUUCGACAAGCAAAGCCGCUGAAACAAGCCUCCCACGCCUUUCAGGUCAAUUACCGAAACAGUCAGCACCGCGACGGCAAAGUCAUGUUGGUCCAUGGAGUCAUAGAGUGUGCGAUUCUCGGAUGUCUGAAUCGGUACAGUGGCCUGAGCUGCAGGGCGAGUAUAAAGAUGGUGAUGUACGCAGCUGAAGUGAUCUAGACAUUACCAGCACAUUCUUCUUCUUCUUACAAAGUGGGCUCAAACAAACCGACAGACUUGGUACCGGUCCCACAGAAACGAAAAAGCACCCUGAUCCACUGUAAUCAAACGAGUACGUUUGCCAUCAUUCUCGAGACGCAAGCUUCAAGUCGGCAUCGAAAGCGGCGUAUUCAGCAAGGCUCACAUACACACCACUACACCGCCUCUAUAGCCAUCUGAAUCAUAAGAAACACGCUCAAGUUCUUACAUAUUGAAGAUGUCAGGCUCUUCCGCAACGACUCCUCGCACCUCUUUCGAAUACAUCAAGACAUCAGCCAAGGCAUCUUCAUCAUCAACAUCUGUUGUUUCGUCAUCAGCAUCUACACUGAAGGAAUCGAGCAAAGCUCGGGGCCUCUGGAACUCCAUCAAGCGGCACGCGAAAGAUCACCAUGAGGGCAUGAACGCAGCAUACGCUGCAUACUAUGGCUCAGGCGCGAACGCGAACGGACGAGGGCAGGAAGUCUGGGAAUAUCGAAGAGGAAGCAACCAGGGAACGACAGAUAUGAAGCGGUAACAGUGAUAGGUGUUUUGGCAUGGUUCCGCGUUUCCGGGUCGGAUACAGCAGCCUCGGCAUGCUGCAAGAGGCCCAUGUGCUUCGAUUUUGUUUACUAGGGCGGGUAUUCAGCAUUGGAGUUGAUGCGCAUAUACCUAUUCUCUUCCUUGAUGUACUAUGUUUA